AUGGCCAACGCUCAUAAAGAAAAUGAUUCCAAAUCUUCCAAUGAUACAAACUCCGAAGAAGAUGAUUCCAAAUCUUCCAAUGAUACAAUCUCCAAAAACAAGUACCUCAAUUUUUCUAACCCUUUCAACCCAUUCCGAAUUGAGACCGGCGAUAACCCAGCUGCUACUCUUGUUUCUGAACUCUUGACUGCUGAUAAUUAUGUCAGUUGGUCUCGUGCGAUUUCUCGAGCUUUUCGCGCGAAGAACAAAUUGGCAUUUAUCAAUGGUACAUUGCCUAAACCCACUGAUCUCUCAGACCCUCUUUUUGAAGCUUGGGAAAGGUGCAAUGACUUGGUUGUUUCGUGGCUUCAGAAUUCUGUGAGUCCAUCUGUCAAAUCUAGUCUUGCUUUAGUUGAUGAUUCAAGAGUGUUAUGGCUAGAACUUAGGGAUUGUUUUACCCAUCAAAAUGGCCCUCGAAGUUUUCAACUCAAACAUGACUUAGCCAGUUUAUCUCAAAACCAAGAUAAUGUCAAUACCUAUUUCGGCCAUCUCAAAACCUUGUGGGAUGAACUUGCUAUCUAUGACCCUUUUCCCGAUUGUGAAUGUGGAAAAUUAAAAAUCCUCCAUAACUGA